AUAUUUAUUUUGACCGUUCAAAGUCGUAUCAGUGAAGUGGUGUAAAUAAGCAAAUACUUUGUAUCUUAUCCACUUUACUCGUAUAUUGAUAUGAAUAAAUAUCUAUAAAACAUUGAAAUUAAUUUUUCCAUCAAUCACUCAUUCAUACGCUAUCCCUACAAUAGAUGAUGUCUUGAAUAGAUUAUCCAUAAUCUUAUUCAUCUUUAUAUAAAACUUUUCUGAUGUCACGGUCAGACAAAAUGAAGAUAAUUUUUAUCAUCUGUUCGUUGGUGGUAGUAUCCCAACAGAGACAUUUAAAGGAAGCUGAACAGACACCGUUUGAGUUAGAUGAUAUAUUAAAUGGUGUAUUCGGAGCCAAAUAUUGGAAUGGAUCCUGGAUAUCAGAUACAGCAUUCACCUUCCCUAAUACAAGGCAAGAUAUCUUGCUCUAUGAUUACGCAAAAAAACACAUAUCGCUAUUCUUAGGAAGAGAAAUAUUAGAUAAAUAUCCGGGUUCUACUAUAACUUCCAUAUCAUCAGAUCUAGCAUAUGUUUUGUUGAGCUACAACGUUUCAGAAGUUUUCAGACAUUCAACAACAGCGGUUUUCACAAUAUAUGACAUUGCUAAUAAGAAGUACUACGAUAUUGCCAAUAAACUUCCUUUACAAUUAGUGACAUUUGCCCCGAAAGGUCACGGUCUAGUAUAUGUUUUCAACAAUAACAUUUAUUAUUUAGAAGAUUUUUCGGUAGACAUUCAACAACCAAUAACAGUUACGACUGUCGGGGCCACUGGAAUUGUUUAUUGCGGUGUUCCUGACUGGGUAUAUGAAGAGGAAGUAUUGAGUUCUGGAUCAGCAUUGUGGUUUUCUCCAGAAGCUACUCAUUUAGCUUUCGCAGUUUUUCAUGACGAGAGCGUUCGAGACUUCUCUUAUCCAGUGUACGGGCAACAAGGAACAUUGGAUAAUCAGUAUCCUCAUGACGCCGUUAUUAAAUAUCCUAAGGUUGGUACUACAAAUCCACUAGUAAGUACGUAUGUAUAUGAAAUAGCAACGAAAACUACGAGAGAAUUCCAACUCCCUCCCACUAUCAACAACAAAGAACCUAACAAUGAUUAUAUUUUGUACGGGUUAACUUGGAUAUCGAAUUCACAAGUAGCCAUGGUUUCAUCUAAUAGAAUUCAAAAUGAAAGUGUUAUAAUCAGAUGUCUUUUGGAUGGCACAUGUGUAGAGGAGACUUCUCGGAAAGAGUCUCAAGGUUGGAUAGUACCAAUUCUACCUACAUAUAAUAAAGAUGGUACGAAAAGAUUGGAAAUAUUACCACAGCAGGAAGAUGAUGACCGAUUUGACCAUUUAGUAUUGACUGACGUCCUUAGCAAUACUCAAAACAGAUUGACAUACGGUAAAUUUUUUGUUCUUUCAAUUGACGGAUGGGAUGAAGAAAGAGGUAUAAUUUAUUAUACUGCUAGUGGUGAUGACAGUCCUUCCAGUCAGAAUACUUACGCCAUUGACGAAUUAGGAAACUCAAAGUGUUUAACAUGUUCAAUAACAAUAGAUGGCGUUCCUUGUGGAUAUGGUACAGCCUACUUCAGUAAAUCAUAUUCAUAUUAUACCAACCAAUGUAUGGGGCCAAAAAUACCACUAACACGUAUCCAUAAUAUUGAUGUUCCAGAGGAUAUUUUAUUGUGGGAAGACAAUCUAGAACUUAAGGCAAUUAUGAACCUUAAAUUACAGCCUGUUAUCAAGGACUUAGUGGUUCCCAUUAACGAUCAGUUUUCAGCAAGAGUAAGGAUGUACCUACCUCCAAAUUUAAACGAACACGACUCUAAAAAAUAUCCCACAAUUGUGGACACGUAUGGUGGACCAGGUCUAAAUGUUAUAAACGACGCCCAUCAAACAGGUUUUCACAAUUAUCUAGUUACCAAUAGAGAAUACAUUUACGUAUAUAUAGAUGGAAGAGGAAUAAGUAAUGAUGGAUAUAAUAAAUUAUACCAAAUGUAUAGGCAAUUUGGUACUGUCGAAGUUGAAGAUCAGAUUCACGUUACAAAAUACUUGCAAGACCAUUUUCCAUUUAUCGAUGAAAGAAGGACAGGAAUAUGGGGGUGGAGUUAUGGUGGCUUUUGUUCUAGUUGGGCUUUGGCAAAAGACAUUGAUCACGUUUUUCUUGGUGCCUUAUCAGUAGCCCCUGUUACCAAUUUCAUUUAUUAUGAUUCUAUCUACACCGAACGGUAUAUGGGUCUGAAUACGCCGGAAGAUAAUGAAGUAGGAUAUAACAAUACUAAUUUGGCCAAUGUAGUUGAAGCAUUCAGAGGAAGAAAUUACUUUAUAAUCCACGGUACAGGGGAUGAUAAUGUUCAUUAUCAAAAUUCGAUGUUAUUCAUCAAAGCAUUGGAACUGGCUGAUAUAGAAUUCAGACAGCAUAGUUAUCCUGACGAAAACCAUUCCUUAGAACAUGUAUCGAAACAUUUGUACCAUAUGAUGGAUAAACAUUGGGCAGUUUUAUUCGGAAUAGAAUCUUCUGUUCACGAUAGCUGGACAGAAAAAGAAAGGAAAAGAAACUGAAUAAAAUGAUUAUUUAAAUGUA